AAAAACGGUACCUUUAUUUUGGCCGGGCGGUGUGACGUCAUAAAGCUGCGCUCCUGCAUUUGUUGUGAUUGGGCUGAAGAAAGGACAAAGAAAGAAAAACUCCUGCUGAAGAUCCACCUGACACAGUUAUAAAGAUGGAGUUUAUUAAAGAGGAGAGUAAAGACAUAAAGAUUGAAGAAAUAUUCAGAGUCAAACAUGAAGAAGAUACUGAGGAACAAACAAAGAUGGAGUUUAUUAAAGAGGAGAAUGAAGACAUUAAGAUUGGAGAAGUAUUCAGUCUGAAGCAUGAAGAUACUGAGGAACAAACAGACCUGAUGACACUAAAAGUGGAGAGUCAAGAACUCUGUGAAAAGGAAGAUAGUAUUCGGCAUGAGAAAUAUAAUUUCAUGACUGGAGAAAAAUCAUUUAUUUACACACAGACUGAAAAGACGUUACAAAAUAGAGCUCAAAACACAGCAAAUAGAAGUUAUUUCUCCUGCCAACAGUGCGGGAAAGGUUUCACCAGAAAACAAAAUCUCAUUGACCACAUGAGAAUUCAUACUGGAGAGAAACCUUUCACCUGCCAACAGUGCGGCAAAAGUUUCAACAGAAAAGGAACCCUUAACAAUCACAUGAAGAUUCAUACUAGAGAGAGACCAUUCACCUGCAAACUGUGUGGAAAGAGCUUCAUUCGAAAAACACACCAUAAGAACCACAUGAGAAUUCAUACCGGAGAAAAAUCUAACACGUGUUCUCAAUGUGGAAAAAGUUUUGCAUAUAAACGAAACCUCAUUGACCACGUGAUGAUUCACACUCGAGAGAAACAUUUCACAUGCAAACAGUGUGGACAGAGCUUCAUUAGUAAAUCAAACCUUAAAAAACACACAAGAAUUCAUACGAGAGAGAAGCCUUUCACCUGCAAAGUGUGUGGAAAGAGCUUAAUUCGAAAAUCAAACCUUAACAACCACAUGAAAAUUCACACUGGCGAGAAACCUUUCACUUGCAAACUGUGUGGAAAGAGCUUCAUUGUCAAAUCAAACCUUAACAACCACAUGAAAAUUCACACCGGCGAGAAACCUUUCAGCUGCAAACUGUGUGGAAAGAGCUUCAUUGUAAAAUCAAACUUUAACAACCACAUGAAAAUUCACACUGGAGAGAAACCUUUUACCUGCAAACAAUGUGGAAAAAGUUUCAACAGAAAAGGAUCCCUUAACAACCACAUAAGAAUUCAUACUGGAGAGAAACCUAACACAUGUUCUCAAUGUGGAAAAAGUUUUGCGCGUAAACAAACCCUCAUUGAACACAAGAGGAUUCAUACUGGAGAGAAACCUUUCACCUGCAAACUGUGUGGAAAGAGCUUCAUUCGAAAACCAGUGCUUAAAUACCACAUGCUAAGUCACAGUAAAGAGAAACCUUACACAUGUUCCUAAUGUGGAAAAAGUUUUAGACAUAAACAAUGCCUCAAUGUCCACAUGACAAUUCAUACUGGAGAGAAACCUUUCACCUGCCAACAAUGUGGAAAGAACUUCACUAGAAGAGGAACCUUUAAAAAACACUGAAAAGAGAAGCUGUUUACAUGUGAUCAGAGCAGGGACGAAUGAUUACUUCAAAAGAAUAUUCAAACCAUUCUCACUCAGCCUCAAAUGUCAUUGCAACACAACACCUAUGUUAAUCAUAUGUACAGCAGUUCUGGUUUUGUUUUUAGCAGCACUAGUGGAAACAACACAAGACCUUGUGGAGGACUACAUGGCUGUGCCCAGUAAUCAAUACCAUAAUAUAAAUACCGCAGACUAAGGUCUAUCCAUUGACGGUUUAUCAGCAUCCUGGUUCGCUCUCGUUCAAACAAUGUCGGACAGACACACUUUAUCAUCCAAAGAUGACUCCUCCUCCCCAGCCUCUUCUAACCUAAUUGUUCUCCCAAAUCUUACCCAUUUCCAAAAAAGGAUAAAAGGCAAAAAAAACCUCCGGACUUGCCUCACCAGACUCCACCGUCUCCAAGGACCAGCUCUGCACAUUCAUCAAGCCGUGGAGUCAGUGUGCCUUCAAGCCUUUUCAACGCAGAGGCGUGCAGCCCUAGCUUACAAUUGGCCACCUCCGCCGCCAAUCACAGCCCUGCCGAUCGCUACUGCCAUCCCAGACCUUGCAUCACAAGCUAGCGCUUGGCAGUACUGGCUAACAAACUCAGCCCUGCCGGCAGCUCCUCCCAGUCCAGAGGUUGCAGCCCAAGCAAGCGCCCGGCCGAUUGGGCCGCCAAACACAGCCCCGCUGAUGGCGCCUUCCGGUUCUGAUGCACUUGGCAGCACUGGCUGUAUCACACAUCCCUGCCGCCAGCCACCACCAGUUCGGGGUCUGCAGCUCAAGGAAGCGCUUGGCUGCAAUGGCCGGCAAAUACUCACGAUGCCUGUCCCUUCUAGCUCUGGGCUCGCAGCUCAAGCAGUGCUAGGCUGCACCCGCUGUCAUACCCAUCCCUGCCACUAGUCCCCAGGAACUCCUUUCUCCAGGCAAAAUGUCAAUACUCCCUUUUCUCUCCCAAACCUAUGGCCGCCCCACCAAACGCCAUCGCCACUGACCCUCCCCAAGUGGCCCAGAUACUAUCAGGUGCGGACGCCGAUCUCUCGUCUCUUCUUUCCCUCCUGCCCACUCCCGAUUCAAACCACCAAAUAGAUUGUGAGGAUUUUUCAGUCACGUUAAAAACCCAAACCCCCUUUCAUCUCGAUUACUUAAUUUUCCUGAGUUCACAAUCGUACUUAGUCGUUUCACGGAGAUUAUCUGUUCAGCCUUCCCCCACAGACGACGCAAGCUCAAUGACUAUUUGUCAAUUAUUGCAUAGCUGGUAUUGUCUUAUGGAGGGGUUCAUAUUUACACGUACCACAAGCUUUUUUCUGCCAAAUGUGCAGUUUGAGUCGCCCAGUGGAACCAGUGCCCUUACUGGGGGUGCAUUCAACCCAGAUCUCCACAGCAGGCUAUUUGUAGGAUGCAGGAAAAUGAGUGGUCAGUCACCCACUCCACCACUUCUUCCCCACAAAUUAAUCCUAGCAUACCCCAAUGCACCAAUACUUAAUAGUUGAAAUCCACCAGUCAUGUCCCGAGAUCUGCGACUACAGCAAACUCGUGUCCAGCUCCACCAGAAGCAGAUAACAGGCAGUCAAACCUCGCCUUCAACAACGGGAGAUGCCCCAGACAGCGCUGCCGCUGCCUGCACAUUUGCAAAUUCUGUGGCUGAGCUCACGCCUGUAUUGUUUGCACAGUGUACAAAGCCAUGAAUAAAAAAUCAAAAAAUUAUCUAUAGACAAAGAAUUUACUAAUUACCUUAGUAGAUAACCUUAUCAAAAAAAGUCAGGCUUUAUGAUCGGGCCCUUCAAUAACCCCCAUUUUGAAACGUUAAUCGUUGAUCUCUCAACCCCACUUAAUUCCACUGUCCCAAGCAUUAUCAGCUUGAUCCCACUUGAUGAAUUUUCCCUCAAGUACCAAGACAUAGACCAGGCAGUAGAACAGCCCCAAAAUGUUUGAUAUGCUAUCAGAAGCUGUUUGUUGGUUUCUGUCUAAUAAUUAUGCAAUUCCACACAUUAUCCACCUCCUAGAUGACUUUCUGGUCAUUUCAUUUCCGAACGCAAUACCAGACGCUCAUCUCCUUAUGGUCCAAAGAUUUUUCCGAGGUUGGGAUCCCCAUUGCUAAGGGAAAAAAAACACUGGUUCCACCACAUCUAUCAAGUUCCUGUGUUAACCUAGAUUGGACUAAAUUUCAGCUCGCCUUGCCCAAGGAGAAGAUAGAUAGAAUAAUCCUCAUCUCCUCUACCCUGCUCGGCAGCUCAAGCUGUUCUAAACGCAUACUCCUUUCUCUGCUCUGGCAUUUUGCAAUGCGUAACAUUCCCCAAGGAAGCCCCUUUAUCUUGCAUCUCCUAGCACUCGCAUCUUCGGUCCACUCAAGGACCUCGUUCCCUUAUCCCUUACAUGUAGCUUGUAACAUGUAACAUGUAGCAGUUCUUUCUAAAUUAUGUGAAAAUCAUCUUGUAUACUCACUUACACAAAACAAUAUAUUGAUUUAAAUUUUCUAAGACGCUUUUAGUUGGUAAAAGUCAUAUGCGAGUAGGCGUCAAAAAUCAUGAAUAUCAUUGUGAUUUACACCUGAGAAGACAAAGGCCCUCAUAAUGAGCUGCAUAAUGAGCCUUUCAGUCAGCUGUGUCACUGAGAGGGAGGAGUUACAAAAAAAGAAUGUGAGGACAAAAUACAUGUAUAUAAUUUUAUGUUUUUAUUAUCUUUAUUAUUAUUAUUAAUGGUGAAAAGAGCUGAGAAUUUUUUGGGGGGUAAGUUGAAAGAACAGCAUUGUUUGUUACAGUUACAUUUAUUUGGUUUUUGUUUGUUUAUUUAUUUCACUUGAUUAUACAUUCAGUCAACAAUUAUAGUUGGAAAAAUGUCUUUGGAAAGUCCUUUCAUUCUUUUUUUCUGAGAAAAUCCAAAUCUCAAAUCCUCAACCACAUCACAUCUUUUUGGGGUGAAUUAUGUCUUAUUCCUCUCAUUGCGAAGCAAACAGUAAAAUAAAAAACUUGAAAAGUCCCGCUGCGUUGUUUUCUGUUGUGUAGGCGUAUUCAAGCCGAGCGCUUCAUUGAAACAUUAUAAUCUAAAGAAAAACCUUUUUCAACAAUGUGAUACUCUUUCAUGACAGUACAGUAACAAUAUAUCAUAGACACAUUUAAAUUCAAAUAUAAACAACGUAUUACUCAUGCAUUUGACUGCUAGGUUUUUAUAACAAGUUGCUGAAACAAGCUGGAACACAUUCAAAAAUUAGCCUACUUGUUAGGCUAUCACAAACAUUUAAAAUUAAAACUCACCACUGACAGAAACAGUCGACUCUCGUGCCUUUUGCAUUUAAAUCUUUAUUACACGCAAUUCAACAGGUCUUAAAUAACUUUGUUUUUCUGCCUCUAUAAAAGUGCAUAUAUAAUGUUGCCUUGUUUCUCUAAAGUUGCUCUUUUUCUUGAUUUAAAUCUAGGCAAAACCUAUGUGUUGAAACACAAUAGGCUUUUAUUAGUAUACAUUUAUUGUAAAAUGACUGCAUUUCCGUCUCAAUCCAUGUUCAUUUUUACCACGAACAAUGCGUUGUCACUUUAAUUCAGCGCAUGCAGCACAGCAAAAAUAGACUCGGUACGUAAACGAUCGCUGCACUGCUGCAGACGCACCGCUCCUGGAACAGACUGACCGCAACCACGUGCAGUGUGAACCCUAGAAUCCGUUAACGUUGUUUUCAAAUGGAUUACUUUAUCACAGAAUAUUUGUUCUAGGCAGCAUAAUUAGUUUAAAAGUAGACAUGUCAGGCUUUCUAUAGAUAUAGCUCUCAUGUCUCUUUGUUGAGUGUUCACUGAGUUACAGUUCCUUUUAAUGAUGCGUUUGUAAAUUAAGAUCACCGCAGAAAAAACCUGCAGACAGCACACCUUGUUUGUUAUCUUUAUUUUAUAAAUACGCGUAACGCGUUGUGGGAUUACAAAUUUGUACUAUGUUAAAUCUAGUUUCCAAUGUAAUAGUAUGUACUUUGUGUUUUAACAUUUUGAGGUUAAGAUUAUGACAUUCUGAGAUGAUCAAGUCAAGCAGCCAUUAGAGACAUUAACCUUUUGUCUUCAUGCACUUCCUGACUAAAGGGCAAGGUCCCAACAUAAAGAUGCCUGCUAAACUCAAGGCACAGCUGUGCCUUUUUCUCUAUGAUAAUGUGAAGGUAUGGAUGAUACUAUUAGGCACCUCUGUAUUUAAAUCACAGUGUUAUGCUGAUGAGAUUAAGGCUUUGAAAAUGCCAAUGUCUGGCAUUUUCCCAGCAUGCUUUGUUUAGGUUGCAUGCUUUGUUUAGGUUGUCUCCAACUCCUGUAUCCCGCCUCCUUGAAAUGUAUAUAAACUACAAUGUAUUAAUGACUAGUUAGACUUUUCAUAACUACAGUGCCACGCAGAGCGUUCUCAAUAAAAAAAUUCUGCUGAAGAUUACCCAAGAGUCUCCUGGUCUUCGCUUCUGAGUUUCCAAAAGCAUAUAUGCCUUAAUCAACUCCAGAGGGUUAAACAAUGGAAUGGGCUUUCCCUUUUUUACAAAAAUCUUGUUUCGUCUCCCAUCGACAUAGAACUAUUUACAGAUGCAGCUCCCUCAAUCGGUUUUGGAGGUUUUUUACCAAGGACGCUGGUUUGCAUCUAGAUGACCCUCCCUGGCUACAGGACUCACCCAAGUCCUCAGCUCUUUUCGAGCUCAACCCCCUCGUAGUUGCAGCCUUUCUGUGGCAGGACAAAUGGGCGUCUAAAAGCAUCUUCGAGCACUGCGACAAUGAAGCAGUUGUUCAGUGCAUUAAUAAAGGUCAUUCUCACUCUCCUGCCCUAAUGCCUCUCCUCAGAUGUUUAAUAUGGAUUACAGCAUGCAACCAAUUUAUAAUAAAUGCCAAGCACGUUCCAGGUUCAGAAAACCAAAUCGCGGACUCCCUGUCUCACUUUCUGAUACAUUUUUUGGAAUUUAGGACACUGGCUCCAGUGGCAGACCAAUUCCCCACACAAAUUCCUCUCUAUUCAGAAUUAAUAUUCCAGUAACCCACCCACUAAAAACCACUUCUCGAAGCAUCGCUCAACACCAUUCUCCAUGCAGUUUCUGCCAGAACCCCUCCAGUCAUACAUAACUGCACAGAGAUGCUUCAAGGCAUUCCACUUCACUUACAAUACUCCGUUCCCAGAAUUUUUCCUUACUUUCAGUUACUUACUUUAUUUCUUUUCUACAUGGCGUCAAGGGUCUCCAAGUCGGGUUCAUCAAAGUAUAUCUGCGCGGAGUUCUGUUUUUCCAUAAACUGAUGUUUGGCUCUCCCUCACCUGAAAUUAGCAAUUCACAAACCUCCCUCCUGAUCAAAGUGAUCCACCCAUCCCGACACUAGACAACUCAUAAUGCUAAAUUUCUUUCCUUUUUGACAAAGGAAUUGUUGAAUAAAGUUGUUAUUUUGGUUCCCUUUGCUUACAAAAAGUAUUCUCGCCACUUUAUAACAUUACGGUUGAACCACUGAUGGCAGAUGGACUAUUCUGAUGAUAAUUUUCUGGACCAUGACAGUGUAUUUUACUUCACAGUCACAGAGCUCUCGGUUUUCAUGCAAAAUAUCUUCAAUUCUUUUUUAAAUUUAUCUUCAAAAAAAAGCUUUCACGGGUUUGGAACGACAUGGGGGUAAGUGAUUAAUAAGAAAAUUAAUUUUGUGGUGGAGUAACCCUUUAAAUCUAACAGUACCAAAACUGCACAAUUUCCAGAAUCCACAAAUAAUGAGUUGUGUGCCACUCUUCACAAAACUGAUUCAGUGCUGUGCUUAGAUCUAAAACCAGACUGAAAAGGGUCCAAUAUGUUAUUUUCAGUUAAGUAGGGUGAUAACUGAUUUAAAACCGCUUUCUGCAAUACUUUUGUUAAGAAUGGCAAUUUUGAAACAUGUUUAUAGUAAAUAAGUAAUAAAUAAAUACCAGACCUUCUGUGAUGCUUUCAUCACAAACAGAUGUAAUAAAAGCAAUUUUGUUUAUGAAGAAGCUGUAAAACUUCUCUCACAACUAUGGGCCAUGACCAAGACCAAUUCCAGAAAAUGUAUUUAUUACAGAAUUAAUAGUAGAAAACAAAAGCUUUGGUCAAUAGGAAUUUUGAGAAUAUUCUCCCAUGAUAUGUGUGUGUGUGUACAUGGAGAAGACACGCAUGACCAGAGAAUAAUAUGACGGGCCUUUGUCAGCAAGAGGACCUGUUACAUUGCCUGGUAACCAAUUGACCAUAUGCACGGAGUGCUCUUUAUAACUUUCACAUUAACAUAAGCCAGCUCGUAAACUUCCGUUAAAGCUGACUUAAUGUGGUGGUUUACAUAGGUACAGAAACCUCUCCUGCCUAGUUCUUGGCAGAAUUUGAAAAAAAAAAAAGAAAAAGUGCAGUGUAUAAGGGAGAAUUAUUUAAAUACUUAACUACAAAUGAAAUAAUUUAAAUAUUAAUGGUUUAACAAUUAAAUAACGCAUUACACAUUUUUAGAUUUAAUUUAGUAACUACAUUUUUUUAAGCUGCUAAAUAUAUUGUCAACACAGACUUGUUACUGUUGUAGUUUUGCUACUGUGAAUUAAGUCUGAAUCACUUAAUGGACCGCUCUAUUUUGACAUUGGCUUAUUUUCCGUUAUUACUGUCAAUCGUAGCAAUGAGUCCAGAACAAUUUAUGAGAUUUUCCUGCUUAAUAUUUAACACCCGCAUUUGUCAUUCCUGAAAUGGUAAAUGUGGAUGUUUGGUCCUCUUAGAUAAACAAACAUUUUCUUUAAAUUGUGAAUAGAUUUUGUAGAGAAACUGAGCUAAGAGAACUCCCCUUAAAGCACAGUACAACUGACUGGAAAUGACUGAGCUGGUUCAUCUAAAACCAGGAAGUAAUUGUGCAUAUGUUCAAUUGACAGAGCAUUAGUGAUUGCUCUGGAAUAUAUUUGAUACAAUACAUUUCUGUUUUUUUCUCUCUCUCUUUUUACAUUACACACAAACAGAACUUUAUUACAUUUAUUGCAUGAAAUAAACCGUAUUAUACACCUCACAGGGAACUGAGUUAUGAUAUCAAAUCCUACAUAUUGUUUGAUGUUUUAUUGUUCUGUGUUGUGAUGUGAUUGUAUUUGCUUUUAUUAUUGUUACAGUAAAGUGUUAUUUUUAUAUUCAACUUUUGGUCUCCUGUAUACACUUUAUAUGGUUCUCCUCACUCCUUUCGAGUCUAGAACUGGUCCAGUGGAUAUUUACAUUGGAGUACACAAGUGCUACAUUGUGUGUGU